AGCCCGACGCUCCCGCUGGUUGGAUAGGUCUGGUCUGGACGCCUUACCUACCUGCUCCCACCUGUCUGUCCGCGUGCCUGUAUAUGUGUGUGCGCGUGUAUACGUGUAGCGCUCAGGUGGUACGCCUUCAAACGGAUCCUGUGUAUAACCAACCGUUGGAGUCACCGUCAUCGUCGUCAUCGUCAGCAUCAUCCAAGUCGUCACAGCCUCCACUUCCGUUUUCUCUUUCGGGACGAACUUUACCAAUCGAAGGAAAACGGAACUAUACAACCGGCAAAGGAAUAAAAGGGGAGGAUGAGGGAGGCGAACCACAAACCCCAGCGCCUCCACAAUGUCUCCUCCGGCAAUGAGGUGUAUGAUAACCUCCACACUCGCUCCCACACCGAGGGGCUGUGCACGCGGUACCAGUGCAAUGGCGCCCUCAUGCUGCCCAGGAAGAGCGGCACGGAGCCCAGGUCGUCCGAGGAGGUGCUCAAGCUGGCCCGGGAGUUCAUCGACGAGUACUACCAGUCCAUCAAGAGGUUCAAUAGCGAGCAGCACCGCCUUCGCUGGGAGCAGGUGUGCCGCGAGGUGAACGACAGGGGCACCUACGACCUCACGCAGACCGAGCUCGUCUACGGCGCCAAGCUGGGCUGGAGGAACGCCCCGCGCUGCAUCGGGCGCAUCCAGUGGUCCAAGCUGCAGGUGUUCGACGCGCGCUACGUCACUACGGCCAGCGGUAUGUUUGAGGCUCUCUGCAACCACAUCAAGUACGGCACCAACAAAGGAAAUCUGAGGUCCGCCAUCACCAUCUUCCCGCAGCGCACGGACGGCAAACACGAUUUCCGGGUGUGGAACGCGCAGCUCAUCAGCUACGCCGGCUACAAGCAGGAGGACGGCAGCAUCGUGGGUGACCCCCUCAACGUGGAGUUUACCGAGGUGUGUCAGAGGCUGGGUUGGCGGGGGAAGGGCGGCCGCUGGGACGUGCUGCCCCUUGUGCUCUCCGCCAAUGGACACGACCCGGAGUGGUUUGACAUUCCCCCUGACCUCAUCCUCAUCGUGGCCAUCACCCACCCGGAAUACAAGUGGUUCACAGAGCUGGACCUCCAGUGGUACGCCCUCCCAGCUGUGUCGUCCCUCAUGUUCGACUGUGGGGGUCUGGAGUUCCCCGCUGCCCCCUUCAACGGCUGGUACAUGGUGUCGGAGAUUGGCACUCGCGACCUCUGUGACCCCCACCGCUACAACAUCCUGGAGACCGUGGGGCAGAGGAUGGGCCUGGACACAAGGAGCCCAACAAACCUGUGGAAGGACAAGGCUCUCAUAGAGGUCAACAUUGCUGUCCUUCAGUCCUUCCAGAGCCUCAACGUGACCAUCGUGGACCACCACUCGGCCGCAGAGUCCUUCAUGAAGCACUUUGAAAACGAACAGAAGCUGCGUGGAGGCUGUCCGGCCGACUGGGUGUGGAUCGUUCCGCCCCUGUCAGGCUCCAUCACGCCCGUCUUCCACCAGGAGAUGUCCCUCUACUACCUCAAGCCAUCUUAUGAGUACCAGGACCCUGCUUGGAAGACACACAUCUGGAAGAAGAACAAGGACAUCAACCGCAAUUCCAUCCGCAGAACCAAACGCAAAUUCCGAUUCAAGGAAAUUGCCAGAGCCGUCAAGUUCACCAGUAAGCUGUUCGGGAAGGCACUGUCCAAGAGGAUCAAGGCCACCAUCCUCUACGCCACGGAGACCGGCAAGUCGGAGAUGUACGCCAAGAAGCUCGGGGAGAUCUUUGGCCACACCUUCAACGCUCAGGUGUACUGCAUGGCCGACUACGACCUCAUCAACAUAGAACACGAGGCGCUGGUGCUGGUGGUGACCUCGACCUUUGGCAAUGGUGACCCUCCAGAGAAUGGGGAGGAAUUCUCCAGAAAAGUCUUCUACAAGUUCAAGUACAAAAAGGACUUCGCCAAGAACCUGUACGCCAUGAAGGUUAGCGGGACGGCAGCUGAUAUUGAUGAUGUCUCCAGCAGCAUGCACCGAAGCCUGUCUUUUAUGAGGAUGAACAGCUUGACAGAGGGCGCUGGCAUGUCCUCUGCGGCACAGGAGAAUGGCGUCAUCAACUCAAACUUCCGAAGCUCCAUCACGUCGGAUAUCAUGUCUGAGGAUAACUUUGGGCCUCUCAGCAAUGUGCGGUUUGCGGUGUUUGCCCUCGGGUCCAGCGCUUACCCCAACUUCUGCGCCUUCGGGAAGUAUGUGGACAACCUGCUAUCAGAGCUGGGCGGGGAGCGGCUUAUGAAGCUGACCUGUGGGGACGAACUGGCCGGGCAGGAGCAGGCCUUCAAGCAGUGGGCGACCGACGUGUUCAGUGUUGGGUGUGAGACCUUCUGUCUGGAUGAUGUGGUGGCCAUGAAGGAGGCCACAGCAGCCCUCAAGACAGAGGCAGCAGCCACAGCAGACAAGAUCAAGCUCUACCCGUGCAACCGCAAUGACAAUAUUGCCCUCGGUCUGUCUCGAGCUCAUGGCAAGAGAGUGCGGUCAUGUCAAGUGUUGGCUUCAAGAAAUUUGCACGGAGAAAAUUCCAGCCGGGGGACACAGCAGGUUGUCCUCAGCACCAGCGGCACCGAGCUCCACUACCAGCCGGGCGACCACGUGGCCAUCCUGCCUGCCAACAGGAGGGAGCUAGUGGACGCUGUGCUGGCCCGCCUCCAGCAGUGCCCUGAGCCUGACGAGCCCAUCCAAGUCCAGCUGCUGAAGGAGAUACACACACUCAAUGGCAUAACACAGACCUGGGAGCCCCACGACAGGCUUCCGUCAGCCAGCGUGCGGGAGUUGCUCACACGCUACCUGGACAUCACCACGCCCCCCACACCCAACUUCCUCCACAUGCUGGCAGAGUAUGCGCAUGACAAUGACCAGCGCACCCGCCUGGACCAGCUGGCUACAGACCCUCACGAGUAUGAGGAGUGGAAACACUUGCGAUAUCCACACCUGAAGGAGGUUCUGGACGAGUUCUCAAGUGUAAAUCUAGACGCUGGUCUUCUCCUCACCCACCUGCCUCUCCUGGGCCCACGGUUCUACUCCAUCAGCUCCUCCCCAGAGGCUCAUCCUGGCCAGGUCCAUGUGACUGUGGCCAUCGUCCAGUACCACACAGAAGGAGGGAAGGGUCCAUUGCACUACGGUGUGUGUUCCAAUUUCUUAAAGGAGGUGUCACCUGAAGACCAUGUCGAGCUCUUUGUGAGGAGUGCCUCAAGCUUCCACCUGCCACGCGACCCCAGCGUGCCAAUCAUAAUGGUGGGGCCGGGCACAGGUGUGGCGCCCUUCAGAGGCUUCUGGUACCACCGCCACUACUCUCUCCGCCACAAAAAACCCACAGAGAAGUUUGGCCAGAUGACACUCUUCUUCGGCUGCCGGACGAAAGCGAUGGACCUGUACGCUGAGGAGAAGGAGACGAUGAAGGCUUGUGGCGUGCUCACCCACACCCACCUGGCCCUCUCCCGGGAACCCACACUCCCCAAGACCUACGUCCAAGACCUGCUGGUGGAGGUUGGGGAGCAGGUGUACCAUCAGGUGGUGCUGGAGAAGGGCCACUUCUAUGUGUGUGGGGACUGCACCAUGGCUGAGUGUGUCUACCAGAAGCUGAAGUCCAUUGUGCAAGAACAUGGCCGCCUCUCAGACCAGGAGGUGGAGAACUUCAUGCUGCAGAUGAGGGAUGAAAACCGCUACCAUGAAGACAUCUUCGGCAUCACACUGCGGACGGAGGAGAUUCACCGCCAGAAGAGGGAGAGCGCCAGGGUGCGCAUGUCCUCGGUGGUGCAGCAAGGCCCCUCAACCCCAACCCAAGCCCCAGCCAACAUGCCCAACCUGCCCACCCCCCCACCCAGGCCCAACACCCAGCCCAGCCAGUCCAGCCAGCCCAGCACACAAGAGGACUCGGCAGCCUCCCUUCCCAACGAAUAGGGAAACCCUCGAGGGCCGAUCAGCCUCUCCAAUACUUGUUUCUCCACCACUCUCAAGCGGUUAUCAAAAGCUUUUGUUAACUACUUACCAAGCAGUAUUAAGCCCACCUAAGUACUUGAGUGGAGUGCAGUCUGGCAGGCUUGUGUGUUGUGGCAGGUGGAAAAUGUGAAGCGAUGUGGUGACAUUCAAUAAGGUAAGAUUUAGCAUAGAAAACUGCAGAUAUUUUUAGCAUCUGGGAGAACUCAAAGAUUGUCAUCUUCUGUUUCUUGAGAGCAGUAAUAUAAACAAAUACUAGAGUUCCCACAUUUACAACCCGUUAAUAACUGGUCAGGUUCAUCCAGUGUGUCCUAGAAAAGUAAUUAGGCUUCAGAAUUUUUCUUAUGCCUCUAAGCCAUUCAGCAUCAGAUGCCUGCCACUUAGCCACAGUGUUUGGCUAAAAAGACACACAUGUCUGCCAGCAGCAUGUUCCCUUGUGGACUUAGCAAAGGCAAGAGACAACAGCCACACAUCUGAUCUUGCUGCACCAGGAGAAACUAUUGGAGGUGUUGAUUUGCACUCGACAGUUCCCACCAAGACUCUGGCGUCACAUGACUGUCCUGAGGUAAUAAACGAAUAUUCAAAACGUUUAUUGUUUGUCAAUAAUUUGCAGUAGAUUAUGCAUUGCAUAAAAAUAUAUACUAUACAUAUUACAUGAAUAUAUUUGUGAGUUUAAGAAUUGGUUGUGCCUUACUUGUUUGAGUUAUGGUAAAGUUUUAAGAGAGAGAAUGAGAGUAUGAGAGAGAGUUAAAGUGGGAGGGAGAGAGAGUUGUGAGGAAGGUGACCAGUGUUCUUUGUUCAAACAGUAUUAUGUAUUAAGGGAGGUGCACUUCACAGGAUCCAGCAACCCUAAACAGGACAGUUGAAAAGAUAAUGAAAAGUUUUUGUCAUCUGACAAAAAAUGUUGAUCCACUUGGUAUAUUAGGGACAUUUUUUGUCAGGUAGUUUUAUUGAUGCCAAGUGUAUCUGUCGGCUGUCCAGAAAAAAAUGUCAGGGUCUUGUUGUCAUGAACCUGUGUAGAGUAUAUUCACCAGUUUGUACACAGCGUACCAAUUAGUACUCAUCAGGGGAAGAAAUACUUUGGAAAAUUGAAGUUUAUAAAAAUGAAAUAUCGUCAAAUAUUGAAUUGAAUAUUGAGUUGGGUAAUCAAACAUUAUUUUAACUAUUUCACUUUUAUAUUUCAGCUCAUUUGUCCAAAGUAUUAUUAUAGUUUUCCUUGAGGAGUCUUCUUUCAUCUUGACAACUUUAACCUGUGUUUGUAUAGGGUCGCUAUUUGGGGCUUUGGCUCAGAGUUUGUGUGAGGCGAGUUGAGCCACAGGUGGCAAUUAGCGUGUGAGGUCAUGUGUCUGGUCACCUGUCCUUUGUGUAUGUGUAUGUGUGCAUGUGUCUGUGUGUGUGUGUCCUGUACAUACAAUCUUAUUGUAACAUCUUGUGCAACACUUUGAUAAGUUAAUUAAUCUUUCAAUGUUAACAAUGAUGACUUAGAAUAAGGUAACAAGAAGUACGUAUUCCCAUUGAAACAAUCAACGGUACUUAUGAAUAAUGUUUCAAAUGAUUUAUAUUUGUUAAGAAACAUAUCAGGGCAUAUCCUAUAUUACUAUUAUAAGGCAAGGUUUUAGGCCACUACUGUACAUAUCCAGUACUACAGACAGUUCUUAUCUUACCUGUACUCCUCAUACACAGUAAUAAUCAUGAUUGUUGAUGAAAUGUAAAAUAGCGUUGAUAUUUGCCUGCCAGUCUGCCUGACCCGCAUGCCCUCUCCAGGUUAUGUUGUCAACAGGAACACUUGACACAAGUUUUCUUAAUUUCACGUCCACAAAUUGUUACGACAUCACUACAACAUAAAGAAACACACGCCUAUACACAAACCCCUCAUGGUACUAUCUCAGUAGCCAACGGAUCUGUCAUAGCAUUGAGAAAAAAAAAAAAAAGACUUGUCCACUUAAAUUAUAUGUACUUUAUAUAUAGAGAGUGAUUUGAGUAUGUUUGCCAGUGUGUACAUAGCACCCUCCCAAUCAGUAAUCGCAUCAGGGAAAUGUGAUAAUAUUUAGUUUAUAUAAGUUACCUAAGUUUGACAAUGCUAAAUUUUUAUACUUCAGCUUAAUUUGAAUACAUAACUUGUAUACUCAUGUUUAAUUUGACAAUACUAAAUUUCUUUAUACUUCUCUAAUUAGACAAUACAUAAUUACUUAUAAGCUUAAUUUGAUGAUGCAUAAUUUCUAUAGUUCAGCUACUUUGACUUAUUUCUUUACAUAUGCUUAAUUUGACAAUACCUAAUUUCUAUACAUCAGUUUAAUUUUCUGAACUAGUUUUCCCUGAGAUGAGUACUAAUUGGAAUGCUGUGUAAUGAUUGGUAAGCACACUUUAAGAGUUCACUCUAUUCCUUGCACUCUUUUGGUCGCCUGGCCCAUCAGUCUUGCUGCUGCCGGCCGGGGCGACGAGACGCCAUAAUGUAGUGGGUAUGAGCUAGUGGAUAAGACGAUACAUUCUUUUGAUAAUACUUAGCUAGAGUCUUGCUGUUGAUGCAGACUGUUUUAUGCACUCUCCUGCACACAUGUGCCUGCAUGCUGCGAACUGUGUUGUGUUCUCCCUUGUGUUGGUUGUAAUUGUAAUGAAAAGUUGAUUGAUUGACUAAUAAUAAUUAUCAUAAAAAGUUUUGGUGUCCCUGAAUUGAAUAAGUUUAAUAAGGUCCACUUGUGUUCCUCUUACACAUGCAGGUCCAUGCCAUAUUAAUGUUGAUACAAUGUUAGCACAAUUUACCAACUUUAUAUCCAUUUUGAUUCAAGAAUGUGUGCCUCCUGGCUUUAAUCUACAUAUAAAGGAGUCAUUA